CUUCCCUGGGCAGAGGCCCGCGAAGGCCGGCGUCGCGGGAGGAGGAGGAGGGCGGCGGCCCGGCCCGCGGGGCCGAGCGUGGCCGCCUGCCUCGGGCGCAGGGUCCCCUGGACCUGUGCUGGAGUGCCCGCCCGGGGCUGCGAGACCCUCGUGCCGCUUCAGGCCGAGUUAGGAAGGGGGUCCCGACCGCUGGUGACGGAACUCAGGAAUUCAUCAUCAUCAGGAGGAGUUCCAGGUUCCAGUCGUGUCUGAAGGGUUGGGAGACACUUAAAGGCAGAAUCGCGUCCGAAAACUACAGCCUCGAGUGCUCAGAGGCCAAAAAACAUUGCUGGUACUUUGAAGGACUCUAUCCAACGUAUUAUAUAUGCCGUUCCUACGAGGAUUGCUGUGGCUCCCGGUGCUGCGUGCGGGCCCUCUCCAUACAGAGACUGUGGUAUUUCUGGUUCCUGCUCAUGAUGGGUGUGCUCUUCUGCUGCGGGGCUGGCUUCUUCAUCCGGAGGCGAAUGUACCCCCCACCAUUGAUCGAGGAGCCCGCAUUCAAUGUGUCCUACACAAGGCAGCCCCCAAACCCCGCUUCAGGAGCCCAGCAGCCGGGGCCGCCGUAUUACACUGACCCUGGAGGACCGGGCGUGAAUCCUGCUGGGAACACCAUGGCUGUGGCCUUCCAGGUCCAGCCCAGCUCAUCCCAGGGAAGCUCAGCCUAUCCACCCCCUCCUUCCUACUGCAACACGCCCCCACCCCCCUACGAACAGGUGGUGAAGGCCAAGUAGGACCGCUGCCCACUGGACAGGGAGGUAUCCACUCAGCACCCUCCCCACCAAUGCUCACUUCCAGGAAUGGUCCAAGGGCAGAUCUUCUUGAUACCUUCAGAGCAAGCAGAGGCCUUUUCAAGUUUUCCGUGAGGAUGUUUGAAUUCACACCGUGUCUGCUCUGCUGCUUCUGUCCCAGUGUAACGUGGCUCUCUGCAUUGUGGCAAAGUUCCCAGGGGUUGGUGCUCUUAGGGAGGCAUCGCCAGACCCCCAGGAGAAGGGGAGGAAGGCAGAGCUGCAUGGGAGGGGCACAGAUGGAGGGCCGGGCCCAGCCGAACCCUGUACACAGCAGUGUGACAGAUGAGGCCCGCAGGGUCACUGUUCUGGCACAUUCUCCCAUCAGUCUUCCUCUUCUAGAAGCUGUUAGAGAUGCAUUCAGGGGAGACAAGUCCCUCAAUCCUUUUCUGUCUUCAUUCACAUUCUAAACACAGGCUCCCUCCAAACAGCCAGGAACGGGCUGGCGGCCUGCAAGCAUCUUUCUCCUCCACAGUACGUGCAGGUCACUGAGGAAGGCUGUGUAGCCGUGGGAAAUCACUCCAAGCAUUUUAUCAACUCUUGGGAUAAAAAUGCUCCACCCUUUUCAGUGUAUUUGUAAAAGUAUGUGAAUAGCAUCCUCUCCUCAGAAAUCAGACCAGGCAUGUGUCUCUUGUGUCCCUGCCUCUCCAAUGUGGUCUUGGACCCAGAGGCUCCUGUAACCUACCCAGGGCAGUGCCAGGGGUGGGUUUGAUGGCCACUGGAAAGGAGAAACACUGGCUGAGGCCACCCAGCCACACACAGCAAGCAUUAUUGAGCCUGGGGUGGUCAGCGGUUGUUUGGUCUUGGCAGGUUGUGGGGGUGGGGGCUCUGUGAAAGAGGAGCUUGCUGAGAGAUGGGAAGGUACUGACUGGAUUGCAUUGAGCACAUAAUCAGAACGAGGAGGGAGAGGGUAUGCGUGGGAAUGCAGCUCCCUGGGUAGGACUCAUCUCUCAUCCCAGGAUCAUACAUGCAGUCUGAUUGGCAGAGAGAGGGAGGUCCCAUCCCAGGAUCAUACAUGCAGUCUGAUUGGCAGUCAGCAGGGAGCUUGCUCUGUCCCCUGCAUAGUUUGUAGUGUUGAUGUAUAUUUAAUCCCAGGCUAAGUGUCGUGUGUUCUAAGAGCAAAGCAGUGUAGCCAAGACGCCUAGAUCCCCAUGUGUGUGUAGUAUUGUGGGGAGCGAUUCUUGUGUGUGUAGUGUCAUGGGGAGCAGGGUGGGCCACGUGUGUUUUUGAAAUGAACUAAUCAGAGCUUCUUGAGAAAUUGUUGAACUUGAGCAUCAAGGCAUCCACUGCAGUGGAUUCUGGUUUUCAUUUCCUAGGCCAAAGGGCUCCGUGUCCAUGCUCUGCCCGUGUUUACACGGGGUGGGCUGAAGAAUAAGACAUGGCUGAAUAGCCAGCCCCUUGGACUCGUUUACUCCAAGGACGUGGACUCCUGGGCCUCUGCAGGACAUGCUGGGGGACACUGCUGCUCUGACUGGGACUCCCCACCCCGGGGUCCUGGUUUCGAUGAUGCAACAAAGCACAACUUGCACUGUUUACAACUUGGACAUCCACGUGGGUCCAAAUCAUUCCUCUACCCCCAGGUCAUUUGUGUGUGUUUUGACUUCAAUUCCUCUCCUUUUUUAAACAAAGAAGCACACUGGAACACUGCUGCCCUGGGACUGGUCAGGGUAACCCAAAUGCCCACAACUCCAUUUUGUUUGUCUUUUUGAAAGCAAAGUUCUUAAGCCUGAUGACUGAGAGGGCUCAACGAUUUUAUAUUUCCAUGUUUGUGUAAGAUAAACUUUGUUUUCCGUUGAACCUGGGUCAGGGUCCUGCGAUGGUGGAUGCUGGUGGUGUCCAUGGGAACCCACUUCUGUGCGUCUCCUCUGUGCUGCUUCUGGAUGUGACCCCACCCCUGGGUGAGAGGUCCUUUGGCAGGGGUGAACUUGAAGCUGACCUGUGCAUGUUUCUCUGAGAAAUUUGGCUCAUUUCUACUUUGUUCUCUUUUGAUAGGGUCUUAAUUCCUGUGUAUGCAAAAUAAAGUAAAUUGGGCAUUAA